UGGGAACACUUGCUGCAAACUAGCUCGUCCAAAACGCGUCGAGGUGAAAGUGGCAGUGAUGAACCGGCAAGACUUUAGCAGGGGCUCUUCAUCCACAUACUUCCACUCCUCGGGGAUAACAGGAAACGGACACUCACCUGGAGGUCUGUCAGAUGAGGAUGUAGACAGUCUACGUUUUGAACUGGCAAAGAUUGAGGAUGAAAUUCACACUUUGAGGCAGGCGCUGUUGACCAAAGAACGCUACGCAUCAGAAAUCAGGAGGCAGCUGGGACUCGGUCCACUCGGUAACAUCAAGCAGAACCUGACCAAAGGUUGGCAAGAUGUUCAGACCUCAGCUCCAUAUCUCACCGCAGCGGCCACUCUGGACGACAUCAGUCACUCCAGCGUAUAUGUGAGAACACGGGAAAGUCUUUCACAGGCGGGACAGGUGACUUCAGCUGCUCUGUCCAGCAUGGGCGUGGCCAUCACCAGGAGACUGGGGGAAAUGAGAGCUCUGCCUCUUCCGAGCGCACCACGACAUCUGAACCACACCAUCAGUGUGCCCACCAUGAGACCUUCCUCCACGUUCAGGUCUUUUGAGGAAAUGGUUGGAAACAUGAAGGGGAAGAUGACUGGCAGCCAGAGCAACAAUGGAGACACGGGAGGGUUUGAAAGGAGAUCCUCACGCACAUGAGGUGAACCCGUCUCUCUCGUGAAUGUUUUCAUAACUUGUAAAGUUAUGACAGACUGUUCCAUAUCCGUGUGAAUUUGUCCACUCAUA